AUGAAUCCGUCUGAAGAAUCAACAACCAAUGUGGAGAUUAGAAAAUCUCGCAAUAAAACUUAGACAAAAUGCAAGUCUCAAAGUCCGUAAGUAAAACCUUAGUUUAUAUAAUAAUAACUACAACAUAAAAAGAGUAAAACAAAGGAAAGAUUAUAAUAAAAUUAAGAGUCAUUACCUAAUGUAACUAAAAAAUUGAAUCCUAAAUCAACUAGUUUUUCCAAAAAGAGAAAUCAAUUCAAACCAGCUCCUCAAGAGUUUUGUUUAAAAGUAAAUAAAUAAGUUUAAAUCAAAUAGUAUUUUGUUGGAUGGGGCAAUAAUGAGGCUUUAGUAAAACGGGUCAUGUCCAAAAGAACCCAAUGGAAAGAAACAACAGACUCUAGUUCAAUGUUUGUAAAUUUGAAAUGGCAAUAAAGCGAAAGAGGCUAUAGAUACGAAAGAUUGAUAGUUAGUUAAAAUUAUAAAUAACUUGUUAAUCAUUUUGAACAUCACAAGGAAAUUUCAAAUAAAUCUGAUCUGAUUAAAAAUCUGUCUUAAUACUGCGAAAAGCAUAAACUGAACGUGUUUGAUUACACCCCUUUAACAUUUGUGAUUGAUUUCAGUGAUGAAAAUUGCGACUUUAAUAUCACUUAAUUCCUCAAGACUUACGAGCAAUUUGCACCCAAAAAGCCCACCGCAAAACAGAUGUUAGAUGUUAAGAGAAGAUUAAGGGGAAAUUUUACUAAUGCUUACUAAAGAGAUUCAAGCUCUUAGUUUUAAAAAAUUCAAAUGAAUAAUACAUUUUUAUCUGAAGAUUCCCCUUAUAUGUGGUUAUUAAAACCUACUUUUUUAAAUAGAGGAAGAGGGAUUUAAAUAUUUGAUAACUUAGAAACUUUAGUUAAGUUGGUGUCUGAUUUUUAGGAAGGGUUGAAAGAAAAGACUUUGAAUCAGAAGGAUGGAUCCUCGGGAGAAGAAGAUCCACCUAAACAGGUUUAAAGUGCAUAAGGAACAACUAAGAAGGAUCCAAAUUAAUACAUUCGGCAAUAACCGUCAGGACCUUGUAUUAUAAAAUCGCAUUCUUUUGUUAUUUAAAAAUACAUUGAAAGACCAGCCUUGAUUAAUAAAAGAAAAUUCGAUAUUAGGGUUUGGGGAUUAGUAACGCAUGAGUUGGAUGCAUAUUUCUUUUAGGAAGGAUAUAUUAGAACGUCUUCUGAAGAUUUCACCUAUAAUAUUGAGAAUACCUUUGUUCAUUUAACAAACAACGCUAUUUAAAAGUAUUCGAAGAAUUAUGGAGAAUUUGAGGAUGGUAAUUAACUAUCCUUUAAGAACUAUUAGGAUUAUUUAAAAUCAUAGAAUAUUGCUUGCAACGUUUAGGAUAUUAUAAAUAAAAUGAAAGAAAGAAUUUGGAUGGUCUUUAAUUCUGUACGCAGCAAGAUUAAUUUUGAAGACCGAAAGUAUUGCUUUGAGAUUUUUGGAUUUGAUUUCAUCUUAGAUUCUGAUUAGGAAGUUUGGUUAAUUGAGGUCAAUACUAAUCCAUGUAUAGAAGAAUCAAGUCCAUUAUUAAAAAUGUACAUUCCUAGAAUGCUAGAUGAUGCAUUCAAAUUAACUCUUGAUGUCUUAUUUCCUCCACAGUAGCCUCAUAAGUAAUCUUUGCCAUAAAUUUCUCAACUCCCUUAAAUCAAGGAAGAAUCACAUUCUGAGUAUCCAGUAAUUGGCUAUCCGAAUGAUGAGAAUAUGUGGAUGUUAUUGGGCUCGUUAAAUGAUAGGAAAGUAAAGAAAAAGAAAUGA